AUGACGCCUCCAACAGUCUGUUUCUUUGCCGCACAUGCUGCUGCCACAGCGGCCAGACGAAGCUGUCGCACUGUCUACUUCCCCGCCUCGACCUCGUCCCGUUCUCCCGCCCGCCUUUGCCCCCUGGCCUCCCCCUGGCUGGUCCGGGGCUAUGCGACGCAGCAUCAAGGGACAUCUUCCUCCUCGUCCGCAUCAUCCAAGGCUUCAUCGGCCGCCCGGCGCAGGGCUGUCACGCCUUUCAACGACGAUGGCCGCGUACCCUGGUCUGAUCUGUCGAUGGGGGAAAAGACGGGUCGUGCUGCACAGCAGACAGUCAACUUUGGACUGGUCAUUGUUGGUGUUGUCUUGACGAGUGGUGUCGUCUACUUUCUCUACACCGAGGUGUUCUCGCCUGACAGCAAGGUCUCCACAUUCAACCGGGCAGUAACCCGCAUCCGCUCCGACCACCGAUGUACCGUAGUUCUCGGCGACGGCGAGACCAUUGCUGCAUAUGGUCAGCAGACAUGGAACAAAUGGCAGCGGGCGCGUCCGAUCGCGUCUACCAUGCAAGCAGAUUCACAGGGAACGGAGCACAUUGUCAUGAAUUUCAAUGUGGAAGGCUCGCGGACCAAGGGCGUGGCCUAUCUCCACAUGGUGAAACCACGUGGGCGGGAUGAGUUCGUAUAUCGCUACUUCUAUGUCGAUGUCCCAGGACAUGACAGGAUCUACCUUGAGAGCUCCCAGGGGCAUGAACAUACAGGAGACGGCAAAACGACUCUAUUUGGCAUAAAGUGGUCAUGA